UCUGUUGUUUUUCUUUUGUGCUUUUUUUCUUCUUUUGCUCUCGCAAUCGGUUUACACCAAGGCGUAGGGGACGAGGAUCAAGUGAUCGCCAUGGCUACUCUGGGAGGUGUUCGUGAUGUGGAGAAUAAUCAGAACAGCGUUGAGAUCGAGGAGCUUGCCCGCUUCGCUGUCCACGAGCACAACAAGAAGGAGAAUGCUCUGCUGGAGUUUGCUCGUGUGGUGAAGGCCAAGGAGCAGGUGGUAGCGGGAACUCUUUAUCAUCUCACUUUGGAGGCGAUAGAUGCCGGGAUUAAAAAGCUCUACGAGGCAAAGGUGUGCACGAAACCAUGGCUUAAUCAUAAGGAGCUGCAGGAAUUCAAGCAUACUGGGGAUGGAGAAUCGGCCAGCUUCACCUCGGCUGACCUUGGUGCCAAGCGAGGUAAUGAAGAAUGCCUUUUUUUCUCAUUUAGGUUUCUGUCAUUUCUGUAAUGUUUUUUUGGGAGC